AUGAUCUCAGUUGGAAACAAAACCCAAAAAAAGGGAAAAGGAAAAGGGAUGGGGCAAGAGACAUUAGAGGCGGGUGCAGUGGAGUGGGACGUGAACUCGCCACCGGACUCGCCGUUCAUCACGGACCCCGCCAUGGCAGAGAGGCUCCCAAUCCCGGCGGAGUACGUAAGGCGCAUGGAGGAGGCACAACGUCUGUUUGCGCUACACGACAGCGAGCAGCAGGCGUUGGCCUACGCAUAUAGGCGGGCCACGUGGAUGGUGGGGUUCCAGUGUGGCUGGCUCGGGAUUGGCGGCUGGCUGACGGUGCGUGGAUACAGGUACGCCGAUCCCGUCCAGUCGUUUGUGAGUGGAUUCACGUCAAACCGCAUUAUACGCCGCCUCUUUACUCCAUUAGCAAUGUUGGGGCUAACCAUUAUGACCCUGACGGGCAUGCAGCUGCCGUUUGACGUGCGUGCGAUGCUUGUGGCAGGGAAUGCGUGGCGACUGGAGGAGGCGCAGAAGGCAAAUGCAUUGAAGGAGCGUUCGAUGGCGUUUCAUGAGGGCAAGGCAAUAUUUGACCGGUUGAAAGAGGAGGAACGCCAAGCAUUUGAGGCUGGCAUGGAAGAAACAAAGAACUCACCAAAGUGA